AUGGUAGCCAGGUGGGUGAAGGGGAGCGAGGACGUGCCAUUUGCCCAGCAGAAGAUUCCUGACUUACAGAGUAGUCCGAGGAGCCUGAAAAUGGAUGCCAUCCACAUUGGCAUGUCCAGUGCCCCCCUGGUGAAGCACGCCAAUGGAGUCGGGCUCAAGGCCCACAGACCUCGAGUCAUGUCCAAGAGUGGACACAGCAAUGUGAGAAUUGACAAAGUAGAUGGCAUCUAUCUGCUCUACCUUCAGGACCUGUGGACAACGGUCAUCGACAUGAAGUGGCGGUACAAACUCACCCUGUUUGCGGCCACAUUUGUGAUGACCUGGUUUCUGUUUGGAGUGGUCUACUACGCCAUAGCGUUCCUUCACGGUGACUUGGAACUCGGGGACCCGAAUUCUAACCACACGCCCUGCAUUAUGAAGGUGGAUUCUCUCACGGGAGCAUUCCUCUUUUCCCUGGAAUCCCAGACAACCAUUGGCUACGGGGUCCGUUCCAUCACGGAGGAGUGUCCUCACGCCAUUUUCCUCUUGGUUGCCCAGCUGGUCAUCACCACACUGAUUGAGAUCUUCAUUACGGGGACCUUCCUGGCCAAGAUCGCAAGACCCAAGAAGAGAGCUGAGACCAUCAAGUUCAGCCACUGCGCUGUCAUCAGUAAGCAGAACGGGAAGCUGUGCCUGGUCAUCCAGGUGGCCAACAUGAGGAAGAGCCUCCUGAUCCAGUGUCAGCUCUCGGGGAAACUCCUGCAGACGCACGUCACCAAGGAGGGAGAGCGCAUCCUCCUCAACCAGGCCACCGUCAAAUUCCACGUGGACUCCUCUUCUGAGAGCCCCUUUCUCAUUCUGCCCAUGACCUUCUACCACGUGUUGGACGAGACAAGCCCCCUGCGGGACCUCACCCCGCAGAACCUAAAGGAGAAGGAGUUUGAACUGGUGGUCCUUCUUAACGCCACUGUAGAGUCCACCAGCGCCGUCUGCCAGAGUCGAACAUCUUACAUCCCGGAGGAGAUCUACUGGGGAUUUGAGUUUGUGCCUGUGGUUUCUCUCUCCAAAAAUGGAAAGUACGUGGCUGACUUCAGCCAGUUUGAGCAGAUCCGGAAGAGCUCGGAUUGUACCUUCUACUGUGCAGAUUCCGAGAAACAGAAGCUGGAAGAGCAGUACAGACAGGAGGACCAGAGAGAGCGCGAGCUGAGGAGCCUCCUGCUACAGCAGAGCAAUGUCUGA